AAAUCAAAGAAAACGUGAGCGGCGGCGGGCAGCACAAACGACCGUCUCGCCGCCACAACAAUAACAAUUUUACCGGUAAAUGCUCGGAGCUGAUUGGGAUUUUGACGCAUUCUGCACACAUAUAGUGAAGCAGAGGAAAUAAGACAAACGUUUGGAAACGAAGAGAUGAACGGAGAUGCUGGGGAUCCUGCUGGAGACCCUGCUGGCGUCCCCACUCCUGCUGGGGACGAUGCCGAGUCUUCCACUGGGAAGGAGGAAAAAUGGGGUUUUGACCUUUAUCCUGAGCGUCGAGGAGCCAAAUAUAAGCCAUCCCUGACCAAAAUUGCUCUACUAGGAGAAGGCAGAGAGAAUAUUGACAAACUGAAGUGUGAACAAAAUGUAUGGGGAUGUAUACAGAAAAGUCCUUUAGUGAAGUUGAUGUUGGCAGCUUUGAAGUCCUCUGGUUGUGAAGUGGAUCUUGGACGCCACAUAUCCUGUGAGGUCUGUGACGUCACUGUUAAUGGAGGCUAUGAUUCGGAGACCAACCAGGUUGUUAUCUGCCAGAAUGUGACCAGAUCAGAAGGCAUGAUCCAGGGAGUUCUGACACACGAGUUGAUCCACAUGUUCGAUUACUGCCGCAAUAAACUAGACUUUAAGAAUGUGGAACAUUUAGCGUGCACCGAGAUAAGAGCUGCCAAUCUGGCUCACUGUUCCUUCCUCUCAGCUUGUGCACAGGGAGAUGCAUCACCAUUCAAAAUUGCUAAAGCUCACCAGGAGUGUGUCAAGACAAAAGCUGCCUUGUCAGUGAUGGCUGUACGGCAAGUGAGUGAAAAAGUGGCAAGAGAAGCGGUCGACAGAGUCUUUGAUAGGUGUUACAAUGACCUGGAGCCCAUUGGCAGACGUAUAAGAAGGAAUUCUUUAGAUAUGCAUAAGGCAUAUAUGGAUCGCUAUGCUUUUGGGUAUGAUUAAGCUGUAGGCAAAAUGAUUAUCAACAGGUGUAUAUAUGUUAGUUCUCAAAAAAUAUCAAAGUAUAUUUGUCUGGUUGAUGAAUUCUCUUAUUCUAUUCAUUAUUUGGGUUGUAAUAUACAGUAUAACAGUAUAACAGAUUAUGUACUAUAAUAGUAUAACAGAUUCAUUUAUUGUUAUUUUAGUAUACUGAUCUAUUAGGAACCCUCACUAUCAUACACAGUAUAGGCCCGGCAUGAAAGAGUUAGACAUUUAUGUAUAUACACUUUCUGUAAUUUAUAUAGUUUUAUAUUGAAAACUAUGUAUAUUAAAAUAAGUUUUUUCAAA